UUGUGUGAUGGCACUGCUGUGGUCCUUACCUGAGGGUCCUAUCCUUCCAUUGGAUGGUGUCCGUUUUGCGCCGUAACGACGGUUGUAUUUGAUUUUCGCCUUGAGCAUUGGAUUAUGUGGUCUCGUCUUCCAAUGAUGACGUUACGUGGUCUUGCUCCUGCGAUGAUUUUAUGCGGCCACGCUAUUUGGCGGCAACUGUUUGCAAUCAUCUAUACAAAUUUGUUAUGUAUUGUUUCUGUAACAGGCUUGUAUGGGUGUUGUGGGAAGUUCUCGUACAUGUGAUAGCUGCUUUGGGGUUUACUAUUAUUGUCUCAUUUGCGUAAAUUAACCUCUAGAUCAUUUGCUUGGUCACUAGAGGAUUGUACCCAAUUAGCACCUAUGCAUUGUUCUCGGUUGAUUAAUGAAAUACCAAGUAUUGUUGUUUGUCAAAAAAAUUAAAAAAAUGAUUUUGAGCAGAAGUUAUGUGUCUGACUGGUAGCUCAAUUUUAUGGAUACGAUUGAUUGGUUCAAUUGCGUAUUCAUAAGUAUUGUGGUGGAGACAACUUAAGAAAUGAUGAAGAGGUGAGUGCAAGACGAGCAUAAAUUGUAAGAUAUUUUCUAUUCAUUUUUGUUACAAAUUAACAAGAACGUAUAAUUCUCAGUUACAUUGAUUUUCGUAGGUACAGUACAUGUAAGGAGCACCAUUACGUCUUGCAUUAUAAGGCUACAACUCUCCAGUUCAACCUUCAAAGAGAUGUAUAAUCUGAGAUUGCUAAAGAUUCAUGGUUCUGAGGAUUUUCCCAAAUUUAUAGGUUUUCAUGAUGCUACCUUUGGCGAGGUGUACUACAAGAUUGACCUUUCUCAAGGUCUUGAAUCUCUGCCCAAUGCUCUCAGGUAUCUUUGCUGGGACCGAUACCCUUUGAAAUCUCUUCCAUCAAAGUUUUCUCCAAACAAUCUUGUUGAGCUUCGAAUGCCCUAUAGCAGACUUGAGGUGCCACUUUGGAAUAAAAACCAGAAUCUUGGAAACUUGAAAGUGAUCGAUCUUAGUUAUUGCACACAUCUGGCUGAGGUUCCAGAUCUCUCUCGCACUUCAAAAAUUGAGCAUAUAAAUUUUUCUGGUUGCAUAAGAUUGACACGGAUUCCAUCAUAUUUCAAAGAUUUUGACAAGCUUACUUAUCUUCAUCUGGGACACUCUGAAAAUCUAAAAUCUUUUCCUCAGAUGCCUGACAACAUUGAAUUCUUAGAUUUAUCUUUCACCACAAUAAAGGAAUUGCCCACAUCGGCGAUUCAGUGUCUCCUUGGUCUCACUACAAUUAAACUGAGUUAUUGCAAGUGAGUCUACCAAAGAGCAUUUGUAAGUUAAAAUCUCUUGAGAGACUUGACCUCACUGAUUGCCUUGAAUUCGAAUACUUCCCAGAAAUUUUGGAGCCUAUGGAACAUCUGAAAUUUCUUAGUUUACAAGGAACAGCGGUUAAAGAGCUACAU